UCCCAUCAUUCACAGCUUUCUUUCAGGUGAUCCCAAGGUGCCAAUAAAAAGGUCCACUGUUGCGAGAGUUUUAAUCUUUGAAAAACAAGUUGGAGGUAAGACUUUGUUCCUAACAGUUAAACCAGUGCCACCCAUCAUGGGGUGGGGAUUGACGACAAAUAACCCGGAAACGUCAAGGCAAAACACGACGGCGAAUUAGAACGCACGUGGAACGCGGAAGUAAGGUAAACGCGGCAGUAAGGUAAACGCGGCACAUUGUUGCGGACUCAAGUUCUUGCGACAAUGGAGGAGGAUUGCAAAGCGAGGGAUGGUUGGCGGAAGAGUUUAUUGUCUUGGCUGCCGCACAUACAACUUACUCCUGGGGUUGUUCUGACCGUGUUGAUUUCUCUAGUAGUUUCGGCUCCAGCACUAAUCAAAGGGGAUAAGAGCGAUGAUGUGGGACCACGGUUCGAUUUAGAGCCUGGCUUGCCGGGAUCCUCAACAGUGUACAGAUUGUUCAUCUACAUCUAUUUCCAUGAGGACUUUUCAUCUUUGGUGUGCAGCUUCCUGAUGAUUUGGUUCUUUGGAGGAGGCUUUGAGGAAAAUGUCGGCACAGCAAAGUUUUGCCUUCUCACACCUGUCUUCGCAGUCUCUUCAGGACUUCUCUACUUGGCAAUCCUGGCCACAGGUCUCAGUUGGCAAGCAAAGGUGACAGUCCAAGGCUUCACAAGUGUGUCAUUUGCCAUGUUAAGUGUAUUCACCACUCGCUCCUGCUUCAGACGCAUGCUGUUCUUUGGAUUCAUGGUACCAACUAAAGUGCUGCCUCUGUUAUUUCUGGUCCUGGCGUUAUUUCUUCCUCAUGCUCCGUUUCUCAGCAAUGUUUGUGGAAUUCUAGUUGGCAUUGCUUAUGGAAUGAGUGGCUGCUUAUGUCUUGGUCUGCCAGAAUCGAUAAUGUCCCGUAUAGAUCAGACGUUUCUAUUCAGGUUACUUAGACGCAUUCCAGUUUGGACUUAUGUGCCUGGGUCUUCUGCUGAGAGGAAUGCUGCCCAAACAAGGAAGAUAAAUCCACCACCAGGAUCCUACCCCACACAGCAGUAUUACACUCCUCCUCAAGGACUCCAUGAUGCCUAUUCACCAUAUCACAAUCAGAAACCUACUGGAAUUUGGCCCCCAUCUAAGACACCUGCAGGCACCUCGGCAUAUUCUACAGCCUGCCCUCCAGGGGCAGGUUAUCAAAAGCAUAUGUGCUCAGGAGGACAUUCUCAUUUAGACAUUUCCACAUCUAUGACUGUAGGUGGUGUCAACAUUCCAUCUGGGAAUGAUUUACAGCAAGUACAUACACAGUAGAAUAAAGAGUCCAUUACCUGCUGACAACAGAUUGGAUUUUCAGAAGUCAACAGUCCAGCACUAUUCCAUGUAAUAGUAUAGAAACAUUAUGUAUCAUUGAGUCAUAAAUUACUUUUGCCUCUUGCUUGUGGUACCUGAUCACACAUACUCGUGUGCCUAUCUGCUGCUACAAACCAGUUCAAGCCUUAAUAUUGCAUGCUGUUAAAUUUCAUAGGAGUAAUUCAAAGGUUAUCAUUGGAUCACAAUACUCAUUUGCACUCUGCGUAAAUAUGUUGGCUAGCAGACCGUUUAUUUUGCACUGAGCCAAGCUCAAAAUAUGCUCCCCUUAUUUGAAGGGGCAUUUUAUAUAUUCCAUGUAUCAGCAAAAAAAGUGCGUGUGUGAUAUACGCAUACAUACACUUUUUUUUUUUAUUAUGGGGCAGAUUUAUUAAGGGUCGAAUUGAAAUUCAAAUUUUUUUAUGGUUAAAACUGUCAUUUGAAUUGAAUAAUCUGAACUCGAGAACUGAAUUUCGAGAUUUAUCAAACCUUGCCUGCUGCGAAAAGGUCAAUCAAUGAAAUAUGACCUUGGAGCUUAUAGUUGCUCAGAUUUGUGAAUGCACCAGAGACCAUUCGAUCAUAUGCCCUGACAAUUUAUAAUAAAGGGAUUCUGUCACAAUAAAAUGUUUGUUUCCAAAACGCAUCAGUUAAUAGUACUGCUCGAGCCGGAUUCUGCACUGAAAUAUAUUUUCCUAAAAUCAGAAAUGCGGCUCGACAUGUUCAUUUCCCAUGUGCCGUCAGUCAUGUGACUUGUGUUCUGAUAAACUUCAGUCAUUCUUUACUGCGGCACUGCAAGUUGUAGUGCUAUUUCCCACCUCCCUUUCCCCUAGCAGAUGAACACUGUGAAGGUAACCGCUCCCUGGUAGAUAUGAGAAUAGCAUUAAAGAGGUGGUU